GUUCGUGGGGCCCAUCUGGUCAGGGGUGGGGGGCAGGAGAUGUGCCUGGGGACAUUGGGCGCUGCCCACCUCACCCCACAGACACUCGGCAAUCCAUGGAUGUCACCGUAACCCUUGUUCAGGACAGACGGGAGCGAGCCAGGCUGCCUGUGACGCUGUGGAGUGACAGUGAAUUAUACAGGCUCGGGGCUGGGCCUCGGCUGAGCGGCCCCUUCAGCGGGGGGGCCUCUGAUCCCACGCCCGUGUGUCACUGGGGCUAGCCAGCUCCCUGAGCUGAAAGCUUUGGCUUGUGUAGGGACCCCCUGCAGGGCUGGCUCCUAGAGCUCACUCCCCGUCCACACGCUGAGAGGGGAGAAGCCAGGCGCCUGCUCCCAAAUGCUCAGUAGCCACCCAGCCUGGGGAGUGCACACACACACCCCCGGGGCCCAGAGACCACGUCGUCUCCUCCCCUCUGGGGCCCAGGGACCGUGCCACCCCCCUCCCCUUUGGGGCCCGGGGACCGCGCCGCCCUCCAUCCCCCUGGGGUCCGGGGACCACGCCGCCUCCUCCCCUCUGGGGCCUGGGCAAUGUACCCACCUCCUCCCGCUCUGGGGCCCAGAGACCAUGCUGCCCCCCAUUUCCCCUGGGGCCCGGACACCACUCUACUCUCCCCUGCCCGGGGAGCACGUCACCUCCUCCCCUCUGGGGCCCUGGGACCACCCGCUCCCUGGGGAGCACGUCACCACCCCCCUGGGGUCCGAGCAAUGUACCGCCCCCUCCCCCCUGGGACCCGGGGACCGCGCCGCCCCCCUCCCCUCUGGGGCCCGCAUGAGUUGUCCCCACCUGCACCGCCAGGCCCUUGGCGUUACUCGGCGGCUCAAGGCCCUGCCCCACUGAGCACCUGCGCGCCAGCCCCCGCUAGCGUAACUGUUGGCUAUAGAAGUGCCCAGACACAGCCAGUCCCGGCCCCAACGGGCUCACAAUCUAACCGAGGGGGGGAGGCACCAUCCAGGUGAGCUCCAGCCCUGACGCUCGCGCCCCCAUGGGCAGCACAGAGAGAUGGCUCCAGGCCCUGCGCCCUUGCACCAGGCUGGGCAAACUGAGGGCAGCUCACGGGCUCAGGCUCCCACACUGGCCCAGCCUUGUUCAGGAAGCUCCGCUCCUGCCCCCAAGCCUCCCUCUCUCCCGGUGCUAGGGGAGGUCCUGGUUCUGGUGGAUUUUGCUGGGCAGCGGGAUGAUGAGCUGCAGCUGAAAGCCGGGGACAUCGUGCAGAAGGUGGAGUCGGGCCCGGAGGAGGGAUGGCUGCAGGGGGAGCUGGCUGGCAAGACGGGGCUCUUCCCCCGGCAGUUUGUGCAGGAAAUCCCAACGUCUCUCAUGGCUGACGGAGGUCGGAGGUGCCCCCGCUCGACCCGCUUUGCGAAGAAGCCGCCGGUGCAAGGGCAGCGCUGGUGCAAGGUGAACUUCAGCUAUACAGCGGAGAAGGCAGAUGAGCUGCAGCUGAAGGCCGGGGAGCUGGUGCAGAUCCUGCAGGAGAUCGAGGAUGGCUGGUGGCUGGGCAGGAAGAACGGCCAGGUUGGUGCUUUCCCCUCCAACUUCGUCCAGGAGCUGGACAGGCUGCCCCCAGGGCUGGUGGCCCCAGAGCCCCUCCUGAAGAAUGGGGCUGGGAAGCAGAGACAGAAGCUGACUGAUGAGACCUUCAUCAUAAAGGAGGCAGAGAAGCCAGAGCCCCCCAAGAAGUUGGAGAAGCCCAUCGCCGCAGCCCAGAACCCCCCGCCAAGCCAGCCCCUGCAGCCCUACUGCGAGGCCGAGUACUGCAAGGCCAUGUUCGACUACGAGCCGGAGCUCCAGGACGAGCUGCAGCUGAAGAGAGGAGACGUGGUUUUGGUUCUCUGCAAGGAGACGGAGGAGGAGGGCUGGUGGGAAGGGGAAUGUGGUGGCAAGAGAGGCCUCUUCCCCGAUAACUUUGUGAUGCUGCUGCAGCCCCUGGUGCCAAAGAUUAAGGCGGUGGUGCCCUCGCGGAGCCAGGAGUCGAUCUUCAGGCCGGAGAAGAAAGUCUCCAGCGCCAUCAAAGCGGAGCUGCGGCCCACACACAAACCCAAAGAGCCCAAGGUGCAGAAGAAGAUGGACCUGCCCAAGAUGAACCUCCCUGCCAGCAAGAAAGCGGCUCCAGCCCCUCCCGUCCCUGCCAAGACCAAACUGGUCUCCAGCCUUGCCGGCAGGCCCCCCUGCACCCCGACGAACUGUGUCCCAGCCAGUGCGGAGAAGAGCAAGCCCAAGGACCCAGAUGCAAAUUGCUUUGAUGCCGUCCUGAUCUCCAAUGCCAAACUGAGCCACCCGACCACGACCCGUCCCAAAAUGCCAGGCAGGAAGCCGCCCAGCCAGCCGCUCGCUAGCUCUCCGGACGUGAAGGUGCCUCUGCUCCCAGCCAAGAGCAGCGUCCAGGCCAGGGAACUGCAGCCCCUGGAGAGCCUGGGCGACCCCCCCAAGGCACAGGAGAAGCUGUCCCUGGAGGAACUGGUGGCCGAGCUCCGGUCCCUGCGCAUCCUGAUGGACCUGAUGAGGGUGCAGCACCAGAAGGACAUGGAGGAGCUCAAGAUGGCAAUCAAGGAGGAGCAGGCCAAGCGAAUGGUGCUGCAGGUGGAAAUCGAGAGCAUGAAGCAGAUGCCUGCCCUCGAGGGAGCAGGAGUGGCUGGGCCGGGCAGUGAACUGGAGGUACUGCCGGCCACGCUGUGACGUCCACUGUGCAGAGGCCUCGCUCUGCAAACUCUGCUGGGGCCGUUAAACUUGCAAGAGAAUCACUGGCCAUUGAUUCCCCUUGGUGUCUGUUCACCCCGAGGCCAGCUCCCUGCCACGGGGAGUGGGGAGAAGGCCCAGAGCCCCUCCAGCUCAUCUCCUGCUGCGUCUGCUCACUGGGCCCUCCCUCGGGGGAAGCACUGUGAGGGGCUCUGGGCCACGCAGCCCCCUGAGCGCUGUGGUGGGGCUCAGCCCUUGGCCUGCUGUGGGGCCCGCUGGGCUGACCCUCUGGGGGAUACUGGUUUUGUGAUGGGCAGCAUGGGGCACCUAGGGGCUGCCAGGGGAGUUAGCAAUGCCCUAGCAGGACCAGAGUGUGAAUGCUGGCAGCGCACAGGCCUGGUCUCACCGGGGGGGGGCUGGCUGCUGCCUGGAUUUGGGCAGUCAUCACCCCCCGAGCCCUGUCACCUGCUCAGCUCCAAAUGUCCUGCCUAUAGAUCAAAGGAGGCCCCUCCGUCCCCCUGCCCCGGGAGAGGCCGCCCCAUGUCCCAGCAGCAUCUGUCCCUCUCUGGAGAUUGGUCCUGAGCUCCUGGCUCUCCUCUUCUGCCCUGACCUGUCCCAGCCUUGGCCUGUACUCGUCCCCGUGCUGGGGGGUGUGUGUGUGUGUGUGUG